AAAACCCCACCUUCAAUUGCAAUCGAUUUGUCUCCAGCAGAUGACAUUUUCUUUCAUGGUCACUUGCUCCCUCUCCACCUCCUUUCUCACCUUCCAGUGUCUCCGCGUUCCUCUACAAAUUCAUUGGACAACUUCACCCUUCCCGUAAGAGAGUUGUUAGAUGACCACAAACCUGAUAAAACUAGCAGCAAUCGUAGCAAAAGCGACAGCAAUAUCAGAACCAACAUCAACAGCAACAAGAACCAUGACAAAGUUAGUAACCGUCGUCAAAGCAACGACAUUGAAGGAAAAGGAAGAAGCAAGUCCAAGUCUUUCUCUAUAUUCAGUUUAACAAGAUGGCAGAAAGGGCGUGACGUUACAGAAACACAAGAAAAAGAGAAGCACAAUAAGAAAAAGAUGAGAUUCGACGUAAGCCGUGUAUUAAAGAGGUACGUGAGGAUGGUUCGGCCUUUAUUGUUCUUCAGAGGGAGGAGAGACAAUCUCCAUCUCCGUCGGCAGGCUUAUUCAUUUUCAGGUAACUUGAGUUUGAGAAACAAGCAAGAGUUGAGAGGAAGAAGAGGAGAAUAUUCAGCGCCUGCUUCAAUGAGGACAUCUCCUACAAAUAGUGGCCUCCUUGUUGCAACCACAGGUUUUCCUUCUUCUACUAGUGACAGCACCAUGGAAGAGUUGCAGGCUGCAAUUCAAGCUGCAAUUGCUCAUUGCAAGAAUUCCAUUGGAGAAGACAAACUCAAAUGCUAGGCUUGGUUUUCAUUUUUCCACCCAUAUUUAUUCAAUUUCUAUAAGUUAAAUUACCUUUUGAUCUUCUCUUCCUUUUUUACUACAUAGUUAUAUUUAUGUUUUCCUGUGUAUAAAAAAUGGUACAUAUAAAGGAGUAUGAAAUUAGCCAUGGGAAAGAACAAUUAAGAUUUGUUUAA